GAGCUGUUGGCGGAGGCGGAGGGAAGCGACGCACGCUCACUGCGACGCCAUUUGCUGGUUCCAGAGCGUGGGACGAGAGAGGUCGCGCGAGAGAGACUCACGCACACAUUGGGCAGUUAGGGCUUUCCUGCACACGCGACAUCUCCCCUGUCCGGUCCCCCGCCUUCUCGCCUCUCCACGCUCCAGGCUCUCCCGAGCUUCCAGCUCGCGACCUAGUGCUCGUUCUCCCCUCCCCCUGCCAAGCGGGUGACUUCCACCUCGCCCGGAGAGGCGAACCCGCCCGCGCGUCCUUCGGAAGAGCUACCGCCCGAGAGGGAGACGGAGACCCCGCAGAGGCCGCCGCAGCCAUGCCCAAGAAUAAAGGUAAGGGAGGUAAAAAUAGGCGCAGAGGAAAGAAUGAAAAUGAAUCUGAAAAAAGAGAAUUGGUCUUCAAGGAAGAUGGACAGGAAUAUGCCCAGGUGAUCAAAAUGUUGGGAAAUGGACGAUUAGAAGCUAUGUGUUUUGAUGGUGUGAAGAGGUUAUGUCACAUCAGAGGGAAAUUAAGAAAAAAGGUUUGGAUAAAUACAUCGGACAUCAUAUUGGUUGGUCUCCGAGACUACCAGGAUAACAAAGCCGAUGUUAUACUAAAAUACAAUGCAGAUGAAGCAAGAAGUUUAAAGGCAUAUGGGGAACUUCCAGAGCAUGCCAAAAUCAAUGAAACAGACACAUUUGGUCCUGGAGAUGAUGAUGAAAUCCAGUUUGAUGAUAUCGGGGAUGAUGAUGAAGACAUUGAUGAUAUCUAAAUUGAACUCAGCAUUUACAUUCCGAUUUUUCUGAGGAUUGUUCUACUUUGAUAUUUUCAUUUGGAUUUUUGGCGAAGUCCCAUCCUGUUAAGAAGAAUGAAACUUCAUUAGCAUGAGUGCAGCUUGUUAAACCAGACUGAUUUAUUUUCAAUGUUUGUUUUAAAAUAUUUAUAUUUCUUUAAAAAUUGAUAAUGCUGAAUUACCUUAAGUGAAAUGUUAAGCCCAUUUUGUCUCUUUGGUGAAUUAGAUCUUCAAUGUUUGGGUAAAGAAACGUAACAUCUAUUUGGUCGGAUUUUUUUUUUUAAAUGCAUUUUAAUGCCUUUCCUAUUUUGACCACCUCACUUCCAGUAAAUUGAUGUUUUGAAUAAAUUGUUUGCCCUAUGAUUAUCAUGGAUUAUAAUUAAAUCCCUAGUUUGAAUUUGUGUCUUUUCACUGUACAGAGUCUUUCUGUAUGUUCCAGUUGCCUAUAACCUCACUUGAGUUUUUGAUAAAAUUUAAGGGAGGCAGAAAUCUGCAUUUAAAGUCAUAAUGCAUGGGUCUGUUUUUCAUGUUUUAAUAGCUUAUGGCUAUUUUUAUACUGAUUUUGAUAUUACACACAUCUCUCAGUAAUCUCAUCUGUUGCCACCAUAAAGAAGUUAAAUCUAAAACAAGCAUUUCAGAAAUGCCAGUGGUUAAAACUGUUUUGAAUUUGUAAGAUUAGUAGUUGCAGAAAUGAACACUGGGUGGCACCUAAUUACCCAGAUACAGUCAUACAUUAGUUGCAGAUUUUUUUUUAAUUAAACAUGCCAAGAAAGUUUCCCAAACAAAAAAAUAAAUGAUUAAUUAUCUUUUGAAGGUAAACAUGUAGAAUAUUUUUACAGUUCAAAAGGGUUAUGUUUUAAAUGUCAUUUUAUCUUAACCUUCAAAAGUCAUGUACCUUGCAAGAUAAAAUUUUGGAUAGUUUAUGUAACACUUAGAUUACGAUGUAUAAAUGAAAAUUUGAUGUCAACUUCUAAAAAUUAAGUUUUUGUCCAAAAUUAACCUGAAGGGGUGGAGAAAACAAUUGAAAGACAGUCUCCAGUUUCUGAAUGGAAGAGCCACCCCUAAGAAGUCUAAUAAAAGACUAAAUCAUUAUGUGGAGAUUAACAUAUUUUAGCCUUACUUUGUGUUUUAGGGUGUUUUUUGUUAUGCAUACGUAUUUUUGUACCUUACUGGAAUUUAUUUUAUUUUUAUUUUUUGGUCUGCACCUAUGAUUCAAUUGGUGUAUGAAACUUCCUCUCCCAUUGCAAAUAGGCAGAUGUUACACAGUUUACAGUCUUGGAGAGUUGUCUGGGACACUGAGAAGUUAAAUGAUUUGACCUAUGUUAGAGGCAGAGUUUGAACCCAAGUCUUCCUAAUGUCAAGAUUGGCACUCUAUAUAGUAUACCACUCUGCCUCUAAGCUCAAAAUUUAUAGAUCUUUAUUUCCCCUACAUGCUUUUUUUUUAAAUCAUUGUUGAUGAUGUCAUAUUUAUAUAGUACUUUAAGGUUUACAAAGUGCUUUCCUCACUACAAUUCUGUGAGGUUUAGGUAGUGCAGCUAUUAUCCACACUUUGUAGAUAAGGAAAUAAGACUCAGAGUUUUCGAUUUUGCCAAGGUCAUAAAGCUAGUUAAGUGCUAGAGUCAGGAUUUGAACUUAGGUCUCUUUACUCCAUGUCCAGUGUUCUUUCCACACCAUGCUGCCUCUCAACUAAUAAUCAUGAAGUCAUGUUAAGGGCUGGACUAUAUAAGGAUACAAUAAGCCACAUUCUUAUCCUAUGCAAUUCUAAGGAAGAAAAUCAAAUGUGUUGUUUGAGAAACUUACAUCUAUUUUGGUCCUCUGUGAUAUUAUAAAUGAGGAGAAGUAACAGUGAAAUGGAGGGAAAACUUUAUCCUUUUUUUUUUUUAAACAAGCCUAAAUACUCCACAACAACUUUACUUUUAUUUCCUUUGUUAAACAUCAUAUCUUGGUAAUAAGAAAUCUAUGAGGUAAAGAGGUAUAACAGUAAAACCUAGUUUUCUUUAUUCUAUAUCAAGCAAAGGAGAUUAGAGCAUAGACACAACUCAGUUUUUCCUUUAAUUGCAUAUACCUAAGUAUCACUAGUUAAUAGAUGAGUGAACCUGAGACGGGUAAUUGGUUGGACAUAUGGGGAAGGGAUUUUUGGUUUGCUUACUAAUUCUUGUAGGAAAUGGUGCUAAAGGCUCUUUUUGUGGUGAUCAUUUAACUUGUGUGAUAGGACUCUCCCACGAUAGACAGACUGCUAUGGAGAAUUUUAUCUAAAUCACGAAAUAAGUUGCUGUCAGGUGUAACAUUAAUGCCUUGCUGAAAUUAUAUCUAUCUACAUAGACAUAGACAGAUAUAUCCUCUUGAUAGGGAAGUAUAAAUAUCAGAUUUGUUCAUUAGCGUUCAAAUUUAAUCAUUGUUUACCUUAGAACUUCCAGAAAGCACCUUUAUGUGAAUGACAUAAUGCCUAUGAAUUUCAUCAGGUAUUUUAAAAUUCUCUGCAUUUUGCAUUUCACACAUUUAUUAGUGCAUUUUUCUGCCAGUUCCUAUAAGGAAGGCACAGAUUCUACAAAAGAUUAAUGGACUUUUAAUGAGACUCUGACUUAUGAAUUUUCCUGUGGCUACUUAACCCAUGUGUAACAAUGCUGUUGGUACACUGUAAGAUAUCCUGGUUCUAGGGCUGAAUCUCUUUGAUCUAGGAUUGAAGUGAUUGGGUUUAAGGUUUGGUUGAUAAGCAACUCAUGUUAGAAAACUGUUUGGAUUGGUUGUGGGAUUUUCAUAAAGGGUUUUUUUCUGAUUAACUUUUUUAUAAGAAAUGGGAGUGUUCAGAAGAAUUCACUUGCAUUCUUUGAUUCCUGCAACAUAGAUAUUAUGGUAUGCACAGAGAAAAUUUUAAAAUCUAAGAAUAUUUUUGGCAGUAUGUGUGGUGCUGAUGAAUUUGAGAAAUGGUCAAAAUUGUCUCUGUUAUUGAUAAUGCUUUUUUGUUGGAGUGCAUCUUUAAGUGCACUUUUUUUGCACUAUUGAUCUUUCUCCCUCACCUCCCGUUAAGAGUGUAGAUACACUAUAUCACUAAAAUGACUGGAUGGCCAAAUUGGAAAAAUUAACAUGUAAAGACUGUGCCAACAUUUAAUUCUUUGACUGUUAAAUGCUAUGAAAUUUUACUGACACUUUCUGAAGAGAUCAACUCAUUUAUGGAACCUGUAAACACUGCAUGUUUAGAAAUACUUGUACUUUAGUAAUGAAUUGCCUUUGGUUCACCUACCACCAGAUCUGUGGCAUUGUGGCUAUAAAUAUACUUGCUUUUAAAAUAA